UUUUGGUCUUUUUAUAUACACAUAAUAAAUAAAUAGAUAUAACAUACACAAGUGAUACAGGAUGAGCACAAUAACAUUAAGUCAAGAAGAUCAAAGAAAGAUAAAUUCUAUCCGAAGAAAAGAUAAAAUGUGGAUAUAUAAAAAUCCAAAAGGUUUAUUGUUACUAGAAAAUGAAUUAAAUGAAAAGAAAAAGCAAAGGUUUGCUAGACACAGAGCUUGUCUUGUAUUAUCAAAGUCUACAUCCAAAACGAUAGAUCAUCUCGAGAAAUCAAUAGUCAAAGAAGAGAUGAAUUCAAAAAAUAGACCCAAAUUACAUCAUAUACUGGAGCCAAAGAGUUUAAAUAUUCCCGUCGUAAAGAAUGACCGAAAAAAAGAAUUUAGCAAUGAUGAAAAAAUCGAAACUAAAAGUUAUAAAGAGAAGCAACAAUUGCGAGCUUUAGAUAAUUCAAAGCAAGACAAAUCUGCAGACCUGUCAUCAUCUAAGCAAGCAUACGAUAAAAGCUCUACUACUGUUGAACAUAAUUUUUUAAUUGAAGCAAAACAAAAGCUAUUAUCAGCACAAAAGAGAAUAGAUACAACGAGUAGCGUAAAGAAGGCGAGUAUGGAGUUGCCAGUAAAGAAGAAAGGUCUUGUUGUAAGUUCUUCAGUUGUAUCCGUUUUCGAAGUCCCCUCAACAAAUAAUAAAGAUAAAAAACUAUUAGUAAAUGAAAUUAAAUCACCCAUUGUGAGCAAAUCUGCUAGCUUAAUAUCUUCAAAAUCAAUAGACUCAAAUUGUUCUUUAAAACAAACAGAGUAUAUUGAUGUACGAUCGCCUGCUUCUACUGCAAGUUCUACUGCAUUAGUAACUCCAUAUACUCCCACAACAAAAAAUAAUGUCUCUUAUUUUUCGCUACCUUCUCAUCAUGAAAAAUAUCAAUCUGAUUUCAAUGAUAAAGUCUUUCAGCAAGAAGUAAACCAGUCUAUCAUCAUUAAUACAGUUGAUAAAGACCAGGAUACUGCUAAAAAUGAUGCCUCUAUUAACAUGUAUCUUCCACAGUUAUCACCUGAAAUCUCUUUUUGUAAUGAUGAUACUAUUAUGUCAGAUCUAUCUGAAUCAGAAGAUCAUGAUACAAUCCAACAAAAGCAGGUAACAUCUUCUUUCAGGGAGAACAACAAAAAACGAUCCCAUCUCAAGAAACAGGUCUCCUUUUCAGAUCAAAUGCUAACAUAUAUUCCAGAACAACAAUAUGAUAAUCAUUCUCUGUCCUCCUGUAGCAGUUCUUCCUCAUCUGCUUCUUCUGUCGAUACUCCAGCGGCGUCUACAAGUGAAUCUACUAUUCUUCCUGUUCCAAUCAUGCAUGAUACAGAAGUAAGCUCAAAUCGUCUUUUAAAUUUUUCUCAUACUAUUCGCAAUGAGUUAUCGAAUACCAAAGAAGCACUUAUUGCAGAAGGGAAAGUAAAUGUAACAUCUUCUCGAAAUAAAUUUGUCCCUGUCGCCAUUAGAAGCGCUAGUAACAAGCUAUUAUCAAAAACUGACGGGAAUACUAAACAGAAUUCAAUUGUAAAUACAACUCCUCAGCGGUUAUCAAACAGAUUAUUAAAUAUCUUUCAGUCAAAAGCCUCAAAUAAUGCUGUAACUCAUACUUCAUAUGUAGCAAGUAAUAAGCAGUCUACAAAAUUGCACGAGUGUUAUCAACAAGCACCACCAGCACAGGAAUUAAUACAUCUUACAAAAACUAGACCAAGAAAGCCUCCAAGUUUAAGAAAACCCACUUAUCCAGCAGCAACAGCUCAACCUAAUUGGAGAAUAAAAGCUACUAACAAAAAGUACGAAUUUGUUCGAACAGUACAAUCCUAAUUUUCUUGCAAAUUAAUAAUAAAACUGCAUCAAAAUUAUUUUAUUAUAUACAAAUUCAUUUAGUUUUUUUCAGUCCUUUUUUUAAUCUCUGUUAGUUGCCUCAUUUGUAGCAUCACUCUCUGUUGUCUUAGGGGGCAUAGGAACAUCACUGAAAUCAUCUUGUUUAACUGCUAAAAGAGAAUAUGCAUCUACAUAAAAAUAAAAGGAAUUAUUAUUGCUAUCAUACUUAAAUAAAGGUGAGGAGUAGAGGGAGAAGAAGAAGAAAUAAAAAAUGGCUAAAUAAGACUUACAAACACCUCCAGUAAAUGUUAAGAGACCGGCUAAAGUAAGCAUGUUACGAACGGCAAAUGGCUUACGUGUUCUCUGCAAAGCAGGUGUAAAACCAUAUCCUUUUGUUGUUGAAUAAAGUUUUUCUCGACUGGGCUGAUGCUCCAUUAUAAUGUAGUUUAUUUAA